AUGGCCACUUUAGAUGUGGAGGCCUUGCUUGAUGCCACUGCGAAGAGCGCAGAAGCGUCCAAAGCCCGGCUGUCUGCUGAAGAUACUUCCAGAAAUGAGCGAUCGGACCACAAAGAUUUUGACCGGGACCGGGACCGAGACCGAGAUCACGAUCGCCGCCGCAAAGACCGCCGCGAUGCCAGCCCGCUGAGCAAAAGCCGACGAGAAACCCCGGAUGUUGACACACCCCGGAGUGACACGGGCAGCCGGCGACGUAGCCGAAGCCGUGAUGACGACCGCCGUUCACGACGCAACCGAGAUGGCGACUUUUAUCGCAGUGGCCGAAAUCGCUCGCGCUCACGCUCGCCGCGCCGUCACCACCGCCGGGAUGAUCGCGAUAGAGAUCGCCGCGAUCGCCAGUUUCGAAACCGCGAUGAUGGCCCGCGCGACAAGCAAGACGCUACGCCUGUUUUGAAUGAAGACGAAAGAGACCGAAGAACAGUGUUUGUACAGCAACUUGCAGCUCGGCUGCGAAGUCGUGAGUUGAAAGCGUUCUUCGAAAAAGUUGGUCCUGUCACGGAAGCACAGAUCGUUAAAGAUCGCAUCAGUGGGCGAUCGAAAGGCGUUGGCUAUGUCGAGUUCAAGAAUGAAGACUCGGUGGCCCCCGCCCUUCAACUUACUGGACAGAAACUACUAGGUAUACCUGUAAUCGUCCAAGUAACGGAAGCAGAGAAGAAUCGUCAAGCCCGCACUACAGAGCCUGGCGGCUCUCAUCCCAACCACGUUCCGUUCCAUCGCCUAUAUGUCGGAAACAUUCACUUCAAUGUCACCGAGCAAGAUUUACAGGCCGUUUUCGACCCUUUUGGAGAACUGGAGUUUGUUCAGCUUCAAAAGGAUGAAACCAACCGCAGCCGUGGCUAUGGCUUUGUGCAAUUCCGCGAUGCAGGUCAGGCUCGUGAGGCUUUGGAGAAGAUGAAUGGCUUCGACUUGGCCGGCCGUCCCAUUCGAGUUGGCCUCGGCAACGAUAAGUUUACCCCUGAGAGCACUGCCAACAUGUUACAGAGAUUUUCAGGCCAGAACGCCUCCAAUCAGCAGGGCUCCUCCUUUUCCGGAUCCGGUGGUCGCGGAGGGCAAAAUUCCAACUUUGAUCGCGCCGGCGCGCGCGAUAGCGAGAAGACGGGCGGCGCCAGCGCCCUCGACGACACGGAUGUUGGUGGCGUGAAUUUUAAUAAUUAUAGUCGCGAUGCGUUGAUGCGCAAGCUAGCCAGAACCGACGAGUCGAACAAGGGCUCUGACGAGCGCCCGGUGCUGAAACCUAGAACCGAGACGAAGCCACUCCCCAUGAACGUCAACACUGCCAGCCGCUGUGUUGUCCUUCAUAACAUGUUUGAACCCGAUGAGGAGGAAGGCGAUGACUGGGUCAAGGAGCUCGAGGACGACGUGCGCCAGGAAGCCGAGGAAAAGUACGGCCAUGUUGUGCACAUUUCCGUGGACCCCAAUUCCAAGGGCGACAUUUACUUGAAGUUCGACAAGGUUCAGGGUGGUGAGAACGCCAUUCGUGGCCUCAACGGCAGAUACUUUGGUGGACGCAUGAUCGACGCGUCCCCUGUUGUAGACGCAGUCUACAGCAGUUUGUUCUCCCGCACCAGAGCUUUCUAA